UAAAAUUCCAGCUACACGUCCGUCUCUCCUUCUCAAUUCCUCUCAUCAAGUCGUAAAGACAAAUCACUUUUACACAAAAACUCAAACGUCAAUUCAUCGCCAAAAUGACUACCGAGCAGACCUUCAUCGCUAUCAAGCCUGACGGUGUUCAGCGUGGCCUCAUCGGUCCCAUCAUCACCCGCUUCGAGAACCGUGGCUUCAAGCUCGCCGCCAUCAAGCUCGUCACUCCCUCCAAGGAGCACCUCGAGAAGCACUACGCCGACUUGAGCGACAAGCCCUUCUUCCCCGGUCUAAUUGCCUACAUGGGAUCCGGCCCCGUCUGCGCCAUGGUCUGGGAGGGCCGUGACGCCGUCAAGACCGGCCGCUCCAUCCUCGGUGCCACCAACCCCCUCGCCUCCGCCCCCGGCACCAUCCGUGGUGACUUCGCCCUCGACGUUGGCCGCAACGUCUGCCACGGCUCCGACAGCGUCGAGAACGGCAAGAAGGAGAUCGCUCUCUGGUUCAAGGAGGGUGAGGUCCAGAGCUGGAAGUCCGCUCAGCACGACUGGGUUUACGAGAAAUAGACGUUUCACACAGUCAGACUACGAGAGAAUGGAGCGAGCUUAGUAGCUACAAGCUUCUGUGGCGGAAAGCUGGUUUACAACUGGCCUAGUAGUCACAGACGCUUUAGGCGAAAAGCUGGCUCUAGACUUCAGGGUUUAGGUGUGGGCUAUGAAGAUACGAUCGCAUGAAAGGAAUAUGGUAGAAACCAAUGAGACACAUGAAUGAUCUCUAAA